AUGGAGGGCUCCACCGGCUUUGGCAUCGACUCCAUCCUCUCGCACCGGGCCGGGAGCCCGGCCGUGCCCAAGGGGGACCCGCUGGUGGGCGACGGCCGCUCCACGCUGGAGCUGAGUCCCCGCUCGGAGCCGGCGGGCAGGAUCCCCACCAAGCCCGGCGAGGACUUUAGGGAGAAAAUGGACAAAAACACCAGCAGCUCCUCUUCGGACUCGGAGUACAAAGUGAAAGAAGAAGGAGACCGAGAAAUCUCCAGCUCCCGGGACAGCCCCCCGGUGCGGCUCAAAAAGCCCCGCAAAGCCCGCACCGCCUUCACGGACCAUCAGCUGGCCCAGCUGGAGCGCAGCUUCGAGCGGCAGAAAUACCUGAGCGUGCAGGACAGGAUGGAACUGGCCGCCUCGCUCAACCUCACCGACACGCAGGUGAAAACGUGGUACCAGAACAGAAGGUAA